CCAGGUCUCUGUUAUCUGGUGGAUGUCAGUAACUGGACGGCGAGACGAAUUGGCAACUCGUGCUGAGAUAUAUAAGCAGAGGCACAGUGAUGCAAGAGUAGUGCAACGCGCGCGGCCUCAAAGUGAAGUUAUCAGUCUAUCUAUCCCGUUAUCCUGUUCCUGGCAAGUGACGUUUGCUAUAACAGACUGACUAACAUAUCACAGUCCCUGACACUUGGAAAAAAAAGUAAUAGGCAGAGGAAGCAAGAAAAAAAAAAAAAAAACUAUUAUAAACCCUUAGUGUGCCUAGUGACGCGCAGUGUGGUGAGAGACUACAGCAGCAGGAGUUCCGACAGUGGUGGACGCGUCUUCGUGCAGCCCGCCAUGAUCAGUUACGGCACUCUACACAAAGGUCAUGAGGUGCCAGCAAAGCGUGAUAAUGAGGCGAGGAAGGAGGGAACACAAUAGCAGGCUACCACACAAUCUCUUCCUCUCGUCCCUCUCUUCGCGCCGCUGAAGGGAAGGAGAGUGGAGAGGGAGGCAGAACACUAUAACAGAUUUGCUUUAUCUACCUCGCCUCUUGCCCUCGCCCAUCUCUGUCCACGGUUGUAGAUGUGGAAGCUGAAGAACCGAGGGAAUGAGAAGCAAACACCUACAGCCGUUGUCAAAAAGUCUUCGUCAACCGCAGCCUCCACCUGGAGAAGAUCCGCUACUAUGGGUUCGACAUGGACUACACGCUGGCAGAGUACAAGUCACCGCAGUAUGAGACGUUGGGUUUCAACUUUCUGAAGGAGAGGCUCAUUGACGUGGGCUACCCUGAGGAGAUUAAGGAGUUCGAGUAUGACCCGUGCUUCCCUAUCAGGGGACUGUGGUUCGAUCGCACUUAUGGCAACCUGCUCAAAGUGGACGGUUUCGGAAACAUCCUCGUGUGCAUCCAUGGGUUCCAGUUCCUCAAGCCGUCUGAAGUGUACGAGCUGUACCCCAACAAGUUCAUCAACUUGGACGAAAAUCGCAUAUAUGUCAUGAAUACUCUGUUUAACCUCCCAGAGAUAUACAUGAUUGCCUGUCUCAUGGACUUUUUUAGUAACUCCAAUCAGUAUGUAAAAUGUACUGAGGGUGUUAAGUUUGGGGACUUCUUCAUGAGUUACAACAGCAUUUUCCAGGACAUCAGAACAGCCGUUGAUUGGGUUCACACAAAGGGAGAGCUAAAGAAGAAGACUGUAGAAAAUGUUGAAGAAUAUGUGCACAAGGACGAACGACUUCCCCUCCUACUUGACAGGAUGAGGGAAUCUGGUGCCAAGGUGUUCCUUCUCACUAACUCUGAGUACUGGUACACAAAUGCUGUCAUGGGGUACCUACUUGGCUUUCCAGAUAAGAAUGGUGAUGUAAGAGACUGGAAGACCUAUUUUGACUUCAUUGGAGUUGAUGCAGGGAAGCCAGGAUUUUUCUCAGGUGGUACACUGCUGAGACAAGUGAACUGCAGUACUGGUGAACUUAGAUUAGGAACUCACACAGGAAAACUUAAACAAGGACAAGUAUGUUCAGGAGGCAGCUGUGACAUCUUCAACAAGCUUAUGGGAGCCACAGGAAAGGAUGUGCUAUAUGUUGGCGAUCACAUCUUUGGUGACAUUCUGAAGAGUAAGAAGAUUCGAGGGUGGCGCACAUUUUUAGUAGUGCCAGAAUUGGUUCAAGAACUUCAUGUGUGGACUGAAAAGUGCACUCUCUUUUCUAAGCUCCAGAAUCUAGAUGUAAUAAUGGGAGACCUCUACAAAAACCUAGACUCCAGCACACAUGAGCGACCAGACCUCAGCAAAGUUCGGGGAGCCAUCAGGGAAGUGACUCAUGAGAUGGACCUGAGCUAUGGUAUGAGUGGCUCACUCUUCAGGUCUGGCUCUAGACAAACACAUUUCUCAACCCAAGUGGCCAGGUAUGCUGAUGUAUAUGCCUCAACACCUCUCAACUUGAUUUAUUAUCCGUUCAGCUAUAUGUUCCGUGCCCCUGCCAUGUUGAUGCCUCAUGAAUCAACAGUGGCUCAUGAACAACGGUUCCAAGUAAGUGAUGGCCCCAUAUCCACACGCUCCAGGGCCUCAAGCAUCCAGGUAGACACUCCUGAUCAGCAAAAUAAGAGGACCAAAUACAGAGUAUUGGAGAGGGCAGAUUCUCUUGUGCCUCAUCCCCGAGCAGAAACACCAAAGCGAGUUACUCACUACCAUGAUGAGGAUGACUCUGAGGAGGAGAGUGAUAAGUCUUCCUAAGCUGACAUGUGAUAGAGUAGUGUGAUCACUAAUAUCUACCUAGCAUGCUGAUUUCAUAAAUGGCUUUCACUUAUUAAAUUAAAAACAAAUCAACACAAUUAUACUAGAACUUUUAGUAACAGUGAUAGUGUUAGUGGUGGCGGUGCUAGUGGUAGUGAUAGCAGUAGUAGUAUUCACAAUAGUUAGUGCUAGUAGGAGGAGAAGAAGAUUCAGAAAACAAUACAGUCAUAGAACGUGGUAUAUACUUGGAAAUAAAUAAGAAGUCUCAUGUUCUCAUAAUGGGUGCAUUUUUAUGCCAUUGUUUUACAGAUGUGUAUAACAUGCAUGUAUUGAGGAUGUCUGAUUUCAGUUACAUUUCCAUAGUAUUUUUGUAUUUUUAACUAUUCUUAGUUUAGAGUGAUUUUUAUAUAUUUUGAGUAAUAAAUGUCAUAAUAGUUUUGUAUGGAUUUAUGCAAUAUUUUUUUUAUACUGUUUAGUAUUGUAGCUAUAGUACUGCCAGUACUAGUUCCUGUGUAGCUUUAUAAUAACUUUGAAGUUUCUUUUAGUUCUGGCAGGUCUUAAACAUUUGUUUUUCUUUUCAAUUUUACUCCUAGAAUUUGCACCAGUCCAUUGAAAAUUGGUAAUUUAAUUUUACUGCAUUGAGUGGGCAAUCAUUUAAUGUUACUAUUUUUAUCCAAGAUGUUUCAGUAAUUAACUAAGUAUAUGCACACAACAUUUCAAAUUCUAGUUAUAUUACUUUGUUGGUCUUUUUCUCCUCUCAUAUCAUUGCUUACAAAAUAUGUAUUUCAAAUAAUAUCAAUAGCAUUACCUUGGCAUGUGUUCAGUAUUUUCCAGCACUUUUCAUGCCUAUUCCAUACAUAAUGUUAGCUGAAUUUGCGGGUGAUGUCCUUGUAAGAAUUGCAGAUUUGUGGUGAGGGUUAAAAUAUGCCAUUUUAUUGUACUAAUGAAUCUUGCUAUAGCAUAAAGCAGUCUUUAGAAAUGUACUGUGAAAGGCUCUAAAUAUUUAGUGGUUUGGCAGCUGAAAAUGUUGUCUUCAGUUUCGGUGAAUAUUUGAAGUUUUCUUCUGUGGUUGCUGCUUCAUUAUAUUCAGCUUUCAGAAAAGCAUGAUCUGUAAAAAAAAUUAGGGGAUGCAUACACAUUUGGCUCUGUAAUUGUAUUAAAAAUUGCCAAAUUCUUUCAGGAUACUGUUUGUUUGUUAUAUUUUGUCAAUAAAUUACAAGAUUAUAUAUGCAUAUGAAUAGAUGCCUGCAUUAUAUAAAUUAUAAUUAUGGCUUACAGUUUAUCACAUCAAUUAAAAAAAAAAUCUGAAGGAAGUAUUAGAGCUAGAUUUAAGUAUUGUUAGAAUCUUUGAAAGUGCAUGAGACCUGGUCUGUUGGAGGUGGGCAGGACUGUCCUCCCUCUCAGCCCUCAUGAAAAGGGAUCAAAGCAUGAGAGUGUGAACUUGAAAUGUGAGGGUAAUAAUUCCUUAUAUAUCUCUCUGGUGUUCAUCUGGAUAGCACUGAGUAUCUAGAAUAUUCAGGUUUUAGGUAGGGUUGUUUCUUUAAUAGGAGAAAGUCAAAAUCAAAGUUAGAAAGAAGUAGUAGAGUCAGUAAAAGCUGAAGAUGGGAUAAAAAAUAUGAAUAUUGUUGAAAAGUCAGCAGAAGUGUACCAGAAGAAUAAAUUCAAUAAGCUG